AUGUUAUUAAAUAGUCUUAAAAAUUCAUAUACAUUGAUGAAAAGACAAUAUAUUUUCAUAGAUAUUAUAAUUAUCUUAUUAGUAUUAACACAUCUUUUUAUUUCACCAUAUACAAAAGUUGAAGAAUCAAUGAAUCUUCAAGCAAUUCAUGAUAUUCUUUUUUUUGGAAUAACAAGAGAAGGAUUAAAAAAUUAUGAUUGUUUUAAAUUUCCAGGUCCAGUACCUCGAACAUUUAUAGGAGCAGUUUUAACAGCAAGUAUUGUUUCACCAUUAGUUUUUAUCAAAAAACUUUUUUUUAAAAAAGUAUCUAAAUCUAAAAUUCAAUAUCUGGUGCGAGGUACUUUGGGUAUAUACAACUCAUUAGCUAUUAUUAUAUUUCGUCAUAAAAUUAUUAGACACUAUGGUAUAAAUACAGGGUUAUGGUAUGGGAUUUUUCAAGCAUCACAAUUUCAUAUAAUGUAUUAUGCAUCAAGAACGUUACCAAACAUGUUUGCUUUUGGAAUAUAUACAAUAGCGAUUAAAUAUUUUAUUGAAUAUAAAAAAAAGGACAUAUUAAAAGGAUUAUUUAUUUUGACAUUUACGGCAGUAGUUUUUAGAUUUGAAAUUAUAAUAUUGGUUAUCACACAUGCAAUAUAUUUUUGGUUUAGUAAUAAGACUACAAUAAAGGAGAUGAUUAAGGUGUUCUCUUUUGGUGGCAUUUUGGGAUUGUUUUUUAGUAUUAUUGUUGAUUCAUGGUUUUGGAAAAAGUAUUUUUUAUGGCCAGAAGGAAUGGCAUUUUAUUUUAAUAUUAUAGAAAAAAAAAGUUCAAAAUGGGGGGUUUCGGCAUGGCAUACAUAUUUUUCUAAAUAUAUACCGAAAUUAUUAUUAAAUCCUCUUUUUCUUAUUCUAUGGGGAAUUGCUCUUUUUAAACGCCCUAAAGAUACAAUUAAUCUUUUGGUUCCAAAUAUCUCAUAUGUUAUUAUUUAUUCACUACAACCACAUAAAGAAUGGAGAUUUAUUGUAUACAUUAUUCCAUCUUUGACACUUGUAGCUGCUAUCGGAGCAACGUGGAUUUACAAUAGAAAAUACAAAUCAUUGGUUUUCACGAUAGCGUUUUUAAUAUUAAUUAUAGCAGUUUUAAUGACUUUUUCUGCAAGUUUAGUAAUGUCUUUGAUAUCCAGUUUAAAUUAUCCUGGAGCGUGGUCCUUAAAAGCUUUUCAUAAUCUUGAUUUAUCCGAGAAAGAAAAAGUUCAUUUAGAUGUAUAUACUUGUAUGACAGGUGUAUCUCUUUUUUUACAUGAUAAUGAAAAAAUUAUAUACGAUAAAACAGAAGAUAUAACAAAAUUAAAUAGUUAUGAUUUUUUAAAAACCAUUAAUUGGGCUAUUAGCGACGCAUCUAAUUUCAAAUUAAAAGGAAAUUGGACUAUAAAGGAUGUUAUAUCAGGAUAUUGCGGGCUUGAAAAGGUAUAUUUUAAUAAUUCUAUAGGUAUUUUAGCGAAAUUGUGGUAUCCACGUGUAAAAAUGGAGAACAAAAUAUUAAUUUUAAAAAAUAAUGAACAUUAA